AUGGCGAUAAGUAUAGUUCAGUGUGAAGAUAUUUUACCCGACAGUCUAACUAAUGGCACUGUAACUGUUACGGAAAGAAAUAUUGGAUCAACGACAACUUUUUCCUGUGACGCAGGACAUUCGCUAGUUGGAAAAGCAUCUAUUACAUGUACAUCAUCAGGCUGGGAUGGAUAUAUUCCACAAUGUACAAAAAUAAUUUGUCCUGAGACGGUGGCAUUCUUUCGUGGUUCAAAGUACAUCUUCAAAUGUAACAUGGCAACUUGGCCUGAGUCUGAGGCUUACUGCAAUACCAAUGGUGGACAAUUGACUAGUAUUGAAACCGGUGACGAAAACUCUUUUUUAUUAGAUGUAAUGGCAUUGAUGAAGACAAAAGAGCUUAUUGCGAAUGUAUUUUUCUGGAUUGGCCUUACAGACAAUAACGAUGAAAUGUCAUAUAAAUGGUUGUCUGGUGAACCACUUAACUACAGUAACUGGUAUCAAGGAGGACAACAGCAACCAGAUAAUUUAAAUAUUUUGAAUCAGACAGAUGCACACUUUCAGUGUGAAGAUAUUCCGACCAACAAUAUAACAAAUGGUGCUGUCACUGUAACAGAAAGAACUAUUGGCUCAACCGCAAAGUUUACCUGUGACGCAGGACAUUCACUUGUUGGAAACGAAACUAUAACAUGUACAUCUUCAGGAUGGAAUGGGAAUAUACCACAAUGUCGCUUUCAGUGUGAAGAUAUUCCGACCAACAAUAUAAGAAAUGGUGCUGUCACUGUAACAGAAAGAACUAUUGGCUCAACCGCAAAGUUUACCUGUGACGCAGGACAUUCACUUGUUGGAAACGAAAAUAUAACAUGUACAUCUACAGGAUGGAAUGGGAAUAUACCACAAUGUCGCUAUAUUAUUGUAGUUCAGUGUGAAGAUAUUCUGACCAACAAUUUAACAAAUGGUGCUGUCACUGUAACAGAAAGAACUAUUGGCUCAACCGCAAAUUUUACUUGUGACGCAGGAUAUUCACUUGUUGGUUACACAACUAUAACAUGUACAUCCUUAGGAUGGAAUGGGAAUAUACCACAAUGUCGCUUUCAGUGUGAAGAUAUUCCGACCAACAAUAUAACAAAUGGUACUGUCACUGUAACGGAAAGAACUAUUGGCUCAACUGCAAAAUUUACCUGUGACGCAGGAUAUUCACUUGUUGGAAACAAAACUAUAACAUGUUCUUCUUCAGGAUGGAAUGGGAAUAUACCACAAUGUCGCUUAUAUAUAGUAUGUCCAGAGACGAUAGCCUUCUUCCGUGGGUCAAAGUAUAUAUUCAGCUGUGCCCAAACAACUUGGUAUAACUCUGAGGCUAACUGCAUUGCCAGUGGUGGUCAUUUGACUUCUAUUGAAACUGCUGAAGAAAACACUUUUUUAUUAGACGUUAUUGUAUUGAUGGAGAACAUGCUUGGAAAAUAUGCAUACGUCUGGAUUGGCCUAACGGACAAUAAUGAUGAGAUGUCAUAUCAAUGGUUGUCUGGUGAAUCACUCAACUUCAGUAACUGGUAUCAGGGACCACCACAGCAACCAGAUAAUAAAGAUUACGAUAAUCAGCCAGGCGCACACUGUGCUAUGAUAAAUAGAGAUUUAUCUUUGAAGUGGAAUGACGAAUUUUGUAGCAAUAUACCAUUACGGUCUGUUUGUGAAAUUCGGUAA